AUGGCAUAUUCUUUGCAUUCAAGUUUAUACAGUAUGGUUUUCUGUGUCAUGCUGGUCAGCCAGUUGGCUACCAGUUACUACGUGUGGCCUGUUUUCUAUGAGAAGCGAUUUAUCUCUACCGGCGGUUCACCGGACUCUCCUCCGUCUCUGUUCCGUCCGGUCGUAUAUAUGAACCCGCAACCGAAAUCCAAUCCACAGGACGACGAACCAACUGGUGUACCGAAUUUGAUGCGUUACGGUUAA